CGCGUAGAUUGUUCCCUUCACCGGCCUAUAUAAGCACACGUUUGCUUCACCAGAAGCAUCAGUUAUCCUACAAACUUACCGAAUUCAACAUGAAGCUGUUUAUUAUCGCUGCUGUGUUGGCCGUUGCUGCCGCCGCUCCAUCCAGCUACAAGCCGUACGAAAAGACGUACGAGAAGGACUACAAAUAUCCCGAGAUCACCGUCACCGGUCAAUCCGAUGAGCGUAACGUUGAUGGCAGCGGAAAGUGGAACUACGCCCAGUCUGACUACACCACUCGUGAGGAAGCCCAGGAGCAAAAGAAAUUCACUGUCACUACCGUCGAUGAUUAUGGCAAAGAAUACACCGCGGAUGUCUUCGGCAACACCAACAAGGGAUCUUCCUACUGGAUCUCCCCCGAAGGCGACAAGUUCACUUUGACCUGGGCUGCCGAUGAGGCUGGUUUCCAACCCAAGGGUGACCACUUGCCGGUUGCUCCCGUCCACGUUUACGAACUCCCAGUUGCUCCCGUCCACGAGUACGAACUCCCUGUUGCUCCCGUCCACGAAUACGUUCUCCCUGUUGCCCCAGUCCACAUUCCCUUCAACGGAAAGGGCUUCAAAAUCUAUUAAAGAAUAAUUCUUUGAUUGAAGAACGUAAAUUAUUUCAAUGUCUUCUGUGCAUUAUGUAUGGAAUGCAUCGUUGUAAAUAAAACAUAGCAUAUCUUA